AAAUAUCUAAACAUGCUAUAAUUAGUUAAUUACAAUAUCCUCCUCCGCUUUAAAAGAUCCCUCUUUCUCUCUUCCUUGUCGCUACCCUUCAAUUUCUCCCUUGCUCUCCCUUACCAUGGAACUCUACAGAAUUCACGGUUCGCCAUGGCCAAUCUUCUUCCCCAUGCCCUUGCUCUUCCGCGCCCAAUCCCAUGCUAAUAACAAUGUUCGUUGGAUCCAAACGCCCGAUUCCUACCUCUUGUCUGCCGAUCUUCCAGGAGUGAGAAUAGAGGAAGUCAGAGUGGAGCUGGAGGAUUCGCGAUACCUGGUGAUUCGCACUGAGUUGAGUUCCGCGGAAGGCGGCGAUGACAGAGAUAGGAGAGGGAAGGAGUUUAUGAAGAAGUUCCGAUUGCCGGCGAUGGUCAAUGUGGAAGGGAUCUCGGCGGCUUACGAGAAUAGUUUGCUCACCGUUCUCAUUCCGAGGACGAUAGUUGCGGCGGUGGCCGCAGGGCGAUGGCGCCUGAGAAUUGACCUCGCCAGCGAUGAGGUCGAAGAAGUCUUGCGCGGCGCUGGAGCGGCCCGCGCCGCUUGAUGACGGUAAAUGGCCAACGAUGAUGGAUGGCUGGGAUUUUUUAAUAUAAGUAAUGGUAAUUAGGAAGAAAUUAUUAUUAUUAUUCUUUAAAUAUUUAUAUUUUAGGUUGCAAUUUAAGUUCUUUUA